UAGUCAUGUUUUCUGUUCCAACUGACUCCUCCAACUUUGAUCCAGGGCUUUUCAUGUGCUCCCUGAAAGCCAGCCAGGACAUGACAAAGGUAUUGCAGAGCAAAAUAGAGACUACCCAGCAUCUGUUGGAUUUUUUGAAGGAUCAGAGAAGCAUCGCCGAGUCCAACACAGCUGAUACCACCAAAAUUCUUUGUCAAUACCAUAUCCUUAACUCGGAUUGCCUUACGAAGAUAUUUCAGCAAGAUGUUGCUUUGGAUUCACCAGGUUUACAGUCCUGCAUCGACAUUGAUUUUGGCUCCCUAUGCAAAGCACAGGAUUUCCACUCAAAGCGCCUCUUCAGGCUUGGGCUAUUCCUUGAAAGGAGUUGUAGCUGGUGGGAUAUAUCCGCAUUGCUACCGACCUCAUCUCGGUGGACAGACGCCUUCUUUUCCUUACCUUCGAAAUCGUUCCGUUCGUUAUACGGAUCAUUCUUCGUCAGCCUUAUAGGCCCCACGGAGCUGGGAUUGGACACUUUCGCAAUGGCACACAGCAUUCGCACGUUCACGAGUGACAUCUCUCAGUCUUUCCUCGUUUUCAGUCAAUUCCCCGGCGCCAGCGUGAAAUCCUAUUCAGCCUUCGAUGGAUCCUUCCGUGAACAAGUAUCUGCGUUGACGCAUUUGCCGAAUGUCCAGGAUCUUGUCCUGUUAUGCAAAAAGUAUAAUAUGGACAUACGCAGUCCCGUCACGCCUGGCCAUGUACAAAGUCUUAAUGUUGAUGAGUUUUUUCAUGACAUGCCUGGUAGCGUCGUCGCACAGAUACUCGAGAAUCUUGUUCUGCCUUCUCUCAGAAAACUGCGCAUGUCGCUCCUGACAGAAGCCUCAUCCUUUCCCAUUCAACACCACCUUGUUCAUAUCAUGACAUUGGAGUUGACUUGUCGACUGAACCACGACGAGGAUGUCGUUGCUUUUUGCAUCUUCCCAGCAAGCCUCACGCAGCUAGAAACAUUAUCCGUCCAUGCAUUGCGAAUUCCUGAUAUCUUAAUGCAGAGACUGGGCUCGAGUACUGGGUCAGACUCAGAUCAGAUUUUUCGUUAUGUCCCGUGGCUCAGGUGCCUUGAUUUACGAAGGUCAACAUUUGCAGAUGAGAGAAGCGGAUAUGAAGCCCUUCUUUUUAUGGUGGCGUCUCGUCGGUGUUUGAUAGAUGAUGCAGAAGUGUUGAGGGAAACCUGUUUGGACAGGCCACAGAACCCCGAGCUUUCGGGUAUGUGGGAACCGCUACGCAAGCAAGGUUUGUACGUCAAUUACUGGAAGACAUGAUGAUAAUAGUAUUCAUGUGACAAUCGAUUGUUGGGGCUCGUCGUGAGGACUCACUUUGCUCGUGCAGAGUGACUUGAAUAAUUUUCAUGAAGCCUCCCCGCCCUCAAUCGGUGUUUCGAUGAUGCGUUAAGGGAUGA